UGGGUCAGUGUUCAAAGAGCAACGUGUUGGGUUUAAAUUAAAAACAUUGAAGCUGCUCUUACUUACAAAAUACUACAGCUAGUUUCUUUCCCUUGAAAUUGAAAUCCCUCUUAUUUUUAUUUGGGUCAAAGAAACAGAGAAAAUGGAAUAUCUAGGGAUUGAUUUUAGCUGUGCAUUGGGUUCGCUCCGCCACGGCAAAAUCCCAGAGAAAGACUGCUUGCUGCCUCUCAUUUCCAAGCUCCUCGGCUAUUGCAUCGUCGCCGCCUCCACCACCGUCAAACUCCCCCAGAUAUUGAAAAUUUUGAAGAAUGGAAGUGUCAGAGGCCUUAGUGUUGUGGCCUUUGAGCUUGAAGUAGUCGGCUACACCAUUGCACUAGCGUAUUGUCUCCACCAAGGGCUUCCCUUUUCAGCUUUUGGGGAGUUGGCGUUUCUUUUGGUCCAAGCUAUAAUUUUAGUUGCCAUAAUCUACUAUUAUUCUCAACCUUUGGGUGCCUCAACAUGGAUCAGGGCAUUACUAUAUUGUGCUGUAGCACCUACCAUCUUGGCUGGUCAAAUUGAUCCCAUUCUCUUUGAAGCACUAUAUGCAUCUCAGCAUGCAGUUUUUCUCUUUGCCAGGAUCCCGCAGAUAUGGGCAAACUUUUCAAAUAAAAGUACAGGCGAGCUCAGCUUCUUGACAUGUUUUAUGAAUUUUGCCGGUUCCAUUGUGAGAGUUUUUACCAGUCUCCAGGAAAAAGCACCAAUAAGUGUUGUUUUGGGCUCUGCAAUUGGUAUUGCAACCAAUGGUACCAUCCUGAGUCAGAUAAUUUUGUACCGAAAUGCUCGUGCCACGGAAGAGAAGAAAAAGAAGUAGAACAAGAAGAUGCGGUGUCAUCUGUCAUCCUCAGCAGGUGGUGCAACUGGCCAACUUCACAAGUUCAUUGGUACUUUAGGUGUCAUCUUUCUUCGAGUGUAGCUGAACUCAAACGUAUCAAUGGAUGUUCCAAGUGGAGCAUGCAUAAACAGAUGUUAGCAACUACUUCUAUUUGAUACUUUCUUAUUGUUUAUUAAAUGAAUUGUAAAAUUAGAAAAAGAAAAAUGGUCCUCUUCCCCUUGGAUUAAAACCUUUAUACUUUUUGAUUUUUAAGAUAUUCGCAUUUUUUUUAUA